AUGAACAAUUUCCAAGCAUUGAAUUAUGCCUCACAACAGCAGCAAACGCCAGCACAAGAAGUACAUGACUCUUCAGCGAAACGCAAAUUUGAAGAUGAUUCAUCGGAACAGUCUGUAAAAGCAAAAAGGCUGCAUUUUCUGGAAAACAAGCCAUGCCAGUUAAUAAAAGAAGAGAUGGAAGAGAAGAAGCAAUUACUGCAGCAGUUGAUGCCUGCCAUCACCUACGCUUCGCCUGAUUAUAAACCCUCUUCAAAUGCCAUUGCUAAUUUCGCAAACUCCAGCAUGGACACAACACCAUCUGCUCUAUGUGGCAUGAUCACACCGCCUGCAGAACAGCAACAGCUGCCUUUACAGACACAACAAGUGGAGGGCAAUGCUGAUGUGAUGAUGGUGGAUGAUGAUUAUACGGAUGAAGAUGAAUCACUACAAACGCCAUCGUACAUGAACUGCUACAGCAGCUAUAUUACGACUGAUAUAGGCGACGAUCUAGAAAGUGGUGGCUACACUGGUCAAUUAGAAAGAGGUUGGAGUGAAAUGUUUAAUGAAAUGGUUUAA